ACAACUAAAAGUGUAAGUGUGUCAAGACCUACUCGGCUUUUGCUUGUUGCAGAUCUGCGCCAAGGCCUGCGUAUACCUGGAAAAACGCAUGCAAAGAUAUUUCCAGACAUUUCAAAUUCACGCGAAGAUGUUGCGAUUUUGAAAAAAAACUUUAGUCACUUAAAACGUGGCAUGAUAGUUUUCUGUUUAUCUGCGGGGCUAUGCUGGGAACGAGACAUUUCUUUUAAUCGUUCUUUAUUAUUUUUACACGCCAUCAUUUAGUCGGCAGAUCAAAUAGAGCGAUGUUGUUGGACGCCAGCCAUCAGCUUUCGGGUUUAGGAUUUGCUCGGCAUCACUCCGCGAGCGAGUCGCAGGACAGGGACGCGAGCUUCAUGGAGUCCGCUCACGUGAGCGCCUUUAAGAUGAACCAUACCGAGCUCUCGCCUGGCCACAGCGCAGCCUUCGCCUCGCAAGCACCCAGCUACACCGCCGCGACACUCGGCGCGCACGCAGUGGCGCACGCCGCAUCUUAUGCCAGCUCCACUUUCAACUCGACGCGGGACUUUCUUCUGCGCAGCCGUGGAUUCGGAGAGGGGACUUCGAGUGGCGGGCAACACCCGCUCUUCAGUUCCGCCACCGGAGCACUCCAUCACUCACACCCGGAGGGGCAAGGGCACCUACUUUUCCCCGGCUUCCAUGAUCAACAUGCCUCGCAUCACGGCUCUCCAAACGCGCUUAACGGGCGUCUCGGACUACCUAGUGAGGUCUUCGGACGGGCGGAUCAGUACCACCAGGUGUCCAAUCCGCGGGGCGACCCGUACAGCCAGUAUGGCCUAAAUAUGAGCGUGAAUAUAGCGGCGCAUCACUCGGGAGCGUUCUUCCGCUACAUGCGGCAGCAGUGCAUAAAACAGGAGCUCAUCUGUAAGUGGAUCGAGCCGGAGCAACACGGCGAGCACAAGAAGUGCUGCGGCAAAACGUUCAGUACCAUGCACGAGCUGGUGACCCACGUCUCCGUGGAGCACGUGGGAGGCCCGGAGCAAUGUAAUCACGUCUGCUUUUGGGAAGACUGUCCACGGGAAAGCAAGCCCUUCAAGGCGAAAUACAAACUGGUCAAUCACAUACGCGUGCACACGGGAGAGAAGCCCUUCGCUUGCCCAUUCCCUGGAUGUGGAAAGGUUUUCGCGCGCUCCGAGAACUUGAAAAUUCACAAGAGGACACAUACUGGAGAGAAACCGUUCCUGUGUGAAUUCGACGGCUGCGACAGACGCUUCGCCAACAGCAGUGACCGGAAGAAACACAUGCACGUUCACACAUCCGACAAGCCGUACCUGUGCAAAAUGUGCGAUAAGUCGUACACUCAUCCCAGCUCCCUAAGAAAGCACAUGAAGGUCCACGACGAGCAAAGCCCAGUAAACGAGUCCUCACCCGCGGGAAGCUCCGGUUACGAGUCGUCCAACUUGGUGUCACCGUGCUCCGAGUCCCAAAGCACCCUGUCGCCUGACUCCGUGGUUCUAAACAACAGCGGACAUAAUAGCUUAACGUCCAAUUUUAGCGAGUGGUACGUUUAAUACCGACAAAAAUCUAGCAGCUCAUGUGGUGUGGUGGGUAGUACGGAGAAAUGUAUAUAGGCUACAAAAUAAAUGAAGGUUUAUGUUUUUUGUUUUGUUUUUUUCAAAACCAGUAUUGCACUGUUAACACCGAAGAAGGAGGCUAUUAUCUGCUGUGUAUAAUGGGCAGUGGAUGUUGUUUUUCUCGUAUGAAGAAUGUUAGCUUUUCUGUGUUGUCUGAAGGAUGUAUAAAGUGUGUCUGUGCUUAUGUCUUAAUGCAAUUCCACGAAUUAUCGUGCUGAAAUGGUUUCCUGGAAAAGCCGAAUCUUAUGACUAUUAACGUAACCUGAAAGUGCCAAAAUGAACGUGACGUGAAAAAAAAAAUAAUUUUGUGAAUGUAUUUUUUACGUUGUAAUGAUAUUUUCUUGUAACCAAUAAGUUUAGAUAAAUGACAAACCAUUUUAAAAUACAUGUAGUAUUCUUUAGAAGUCAGCAAAUGAUGUAUUGAUUACGAUGCAAAAUAUUUAUGAACCCUUUUCUGGACUAAAUCGUGUACAGUGAUGUCACCCUCAGGCCAGUGUGUUUUGUUAAAAACGUUUCUCGGUUUUAAAAUAUAAAACU